AUGUCUACCAACGUUAAAACUGCCAACUGGAGACUCGUUGAAUUGGGCCGUAUUGUCUUGAUCGACAACUCUAAAUUGGCCACCAUUGUCGAGAUCAUCGACCAGAAGAGAGUCUUGAUUGACGGUCCUUCCAUCGAGAGACAGGCUAUUGCUUUGGGCAAGGUCGUCUUGACCCCUCUCGUCUUGGCUAAGUUGCCAAGAGGUGCCAGAACCGGUACCGUUCACAAGAAGUGGGCUGCUGCUGACAUUGAGGGUAAGUGGGCUGCUACUGCUUGGGCCAAGAAGUUGGCUCAGAGACAGACCAGAGCUAACUUGUCUGAUUUCGAGAGAUUCCAGGUGUUGGUGUUGAAGAAGCAGAGAAGAUAUGCUGUCAAGAAGAUUGCUGCUAAGGCUUAG